CCAAUCUCUACGGCAUUUGUCCAAAAAUCCAUCUAAAAUCACUCACCUGCAAAUCUAUCCAGAGCUCCACCAACAAUGGCGACAAUCUCCACAUCUUUUGUAUCCCCCAAUUUCAUUCCGAAUCACAAAAAGCACUUCAAGGCUCAUUCCUCUAGAAUCCGCUCUCCAACUCUGAAAUCUGACGCCGUUCCUCUCGCGCUCAUCACGCCGCCGCCAGUCCCGCAGCACGGACAUGCUUUACUGCUAAGAGGGCGUGUCAGUUCCGUCGCCGGAGAAACUUCAGCUCCGGCGCAGGACACGAUUUCCGAGGCCGCCAGGCGGCUCUACGUCGGCAACAUUCCCCGGACUGUCAGCAACGAUGAACUCCGGAAAUUUGUGGAAGAACAUGGCGCUGUAGAGAAGGCCGAGGUUAUGUAUGAUAAGUAUUCGGGAAGGAGCCGCCGGUUUGGAUUUGUUACAAUGAAGUCAACAGAGGAUGCAAAUGCCGCCAUUGAGAAGCUCGAUGGAACUGAACUCAGCGGGCGUAAAAUAAAAGUUAAUAUAACCGAAAGCCCACUGCAAAGUGUAGAUCUGUCACUUCUACAAGCAGAGGAUUCACAAUUCAUUGAUAGUCCACACAAAGUAUAUGUUGGCAAUCUUGCAAAGACAGUAACUACCGAGACACUGAAGAAGUUUUUCAAGGGGACGGUUGUAAGUGCUAAGGUGUGUCGAGUUCCAGGGACUUCGAAAUCCAGCGGGUUUGGGUUCGUCACUUUUUCUUCAGAAGAGGAUGUGGAAUCUGCUAUCUCAUCAUUCAAUAACACGUUACUUGAAGGGCAGAAGGUUCGCGUGAACAGAGCAUGAUAUACAACUCCACAUGGGCGAGAGUGGCAUCAAAAUCACUCAUGCACCAAAUCUGCUGAGCAUUGGCUGAGUGUGCCUUGAUGAGGGCGCUUUUGAUGGCAUUCUCCUCCCAAAACACAAUAUCUGCAGCCAAAAAGGCUUCGCAAAUAUACUCAGCGUUGGUGCUCGCAGGAAAAGGAAAUAAGAUUGCCCCUAUCUCCCCUGUGCGUGCAGACAUGUUAAAAGCAUAAUCACUUUGGAUUACCAUCCAGCCCUCCUCGGUUGGUCUAGCACGCUCAUGAUUACCCUUGUUCUUGUCCUU